AUGGUGGCGGGAGGCGCUGUUGGUGAGGUGGGAGCGACUCCGUCAGGUUCUCCUUCCUCAGUCGAGGGAGGAGGGCGGGAGAGGGAGCCUGGCUGUGAGGGGGGCCUUAGGGGCUCUCAGAAACGGGGAAGGAGCGCUGUGAGAUUAAGAGACUUCACAUUUGAUCUAAAAAUGUUCAACUCUGCAGACGUGGUCCUUUUGUUGGAUAAUUUAUUUUAUGAAAGACCCGAUACAAGACAAAGGUAUCUAGAAAAUGAAGAGCGUAAGAUUUGGUGUAUUGCACCUGCUCCAGCUAUUGCUGAAAUUCCAGCUGCGGAGGAGUUACAGAGGGAACUGGAAAAAAACACAGCCAACGCUCAUAUGGUUUUUGUAGGAGGGAGAAGGCACCGGAAUUUUAUACAACAAUGUAAGAGUAACACUGAGGAAGUAAAUGAUAAAUCACCAGCACCUGUUCAUUUUGGCAUAGCCUCUGAAAAAGAAGUGCUCCAAUUAAGUGUAGGAGAAAGAGAGAAAAUUAGCUUUCAGCAUGAAAGUCUGAAAAUGGUUCCAUGGUUUCUCUCUUCUGACCAAGAUAAAUCUAAAUCAGGAACAGGGGUUUCUCAGCAACCUGUAAUUUUACAGAAAGAAAACAGUGAUGAUGAGAGUGUCCAUUCAACAUUAAGAAAAAGCUUAUUUUGAAUGUCUGGUUAUAUGUAUAAAAAUACAGAACCUAAAGAUAGUUCUGUGGAUGUGAAAGAAAUUGAUACUUACUUAAAUACAAGUGAAAACAUGAAAGAAGUGAGAAAAGAAGGUUUAUGGAGAAAUAAUCAUCAUGCUCCAAUAACUAAAGACUCAGAUUUUACUCUGCAUAGGGUAAAUGAUGGGGACAUUGCAUCUAAAAAUGGAAUUAAAAUGAAAUCAUUUUCUAAUGCUUCAGAGAUUCUGGAUAUGACAGGAACUGCGGGAAGAAAACUGGAAAUUUUGAGGGCUGUUACAGAAAUACCAACCCAAUUUAGAAGUAUUUUUAAGGAGUUCCCAUAUUUUAACUAUGCACAGUCAAAAGCUUUGGAUGAUCUUCUUUAUACAGAUAGGAAUUUUGUGAUUUGUGCUCCGACUGGCUCUGGAAAAACUGUAAUGUUCGAGCUAGCUAUUACCAGAUUACUCAUGGAAGCCCCACUGCCUUGGUUAAAUAUUAAAGUUGUUUACAUGGCUCCAAUAAAAGCUCUAUGCAGUCAACGUUUUGAUGAUUGGAAAGAAAAAUUUGGACCUAUAGGACUCAGCUGCAAGGAACUGACAGGAGAUACAGUGAUGGAUGAUUUAUUUGAAAUACAUCAUGCUCACAUUAUUAUCACUACACCUGAAAAAUGGGAUAGCAUGACUAGAAGGUGGAGAGACAACUCUAUAGUCCAGCUUGUACGACUGUUUCUCAUUGAUGAGGUGCAUGUUAUAAAGGAUGAAAGCCGUGGUGCAACAUUAGAAGUUGUAGUCAGUCGGAUGAAGACUGUUCAGUCUUCUCUUUGGCGUCUUUUAGAGAAUCAUGACACUGUUCCUCCCUUGAGAUUUGUAGCUGUUUCUGCAACAAUCCCGAAUGCUGAAGAUAUUGCAGAAUGGCUUUCGGAUAGUAAGAUGCCUGCUGUAUGUCUGAAAAUAGAUGAGGAUCAACGACCAGUGAAGCUACGCAAAAUUGUUCUUGGUUUUCCUUGCAGUGACAAUCAGACAGAAUACAAAUUUGACUUAACUCUUAACUACAAGAUAGCUAGUAUUAUACAAACAUACUCGGAACAAAAACCAGCACUUGUGUUUUGUGCCACAAGAAAAGGAGUACAGCAGGCUGCUUCUGUUCUUGCAAAAGAUGCUAAAUUUCUACUGAGUAUAGAACAGAAACAAAGAUUACAGAGGUCUGCAAAUUCAUUGAAAGAUUCCAAACUGAGAGAUCUUUUAAUGUAUGGUGUGGCUUAUCAUCAUGCGGGUAUGGAGUUAUCUGACAGAAAAAUAAUUGAAGGAGCUUUUGCUGUAGGAGACUUGCCAGUGCUUUUUACUACUAGCACCUUAGCUAUGGGAGUCAAUCUACCUGCACACCUGGUGGUUAUAAAGUCCACAAUGCACUAUGUUGGAGGAGUGUUCCAAGAGUACAGUGAAACUGAUAUUCUGCAAAUGAUUGGGAGAGCAGGAAGGCCUCAAUUUGACACUACAGCUACAGCAGUUAUUAUGACUCGUUGGAGUACAAGGGAGAAGUAUAUACAGAUGUUAAAUAGUGCUGAUAUAAUAGAGAGCAGCUUGCACAGGCAUCUUGUUGAGCACUUAAAUGCAGAAAUAGUGCUGCAUACUGUCACAGAUGUCACUGUAGCUUUGGAAUGGAUACGAUCAACGUUCUUGUACAUUAGAGCCUUAAAAAAUCCAGCUCAUUAUGGUUUUUCAUCUGCAUUGCAUAAAAUUGGAAUUGAAGCAAAAUUACAAGAACUGUGUUUGAAGAACUUAAAUGAUUUAUCAUCUUUUGAUUUGAUCAGGAUGGAUGAAGCAAAUAAUUUCAAACCAACAGAGACUGGAAGAUUGAUGGCAUGGUAUUAUAUUGCAUUUGAUACAGUGAAACAAUUUUUCACAAUUAAGGGAACAGAGACUUUAAAUGAAUUGAAAAACAAUAGAAAAGUUACUUUGAAUAAAGACAAGGAAAAAUUAACUAUCAGGUUUCCAAUGGAGGGGAAGAUAAAAACAAGAGAAAUGAAAAUAAACUGUCUUAUUCAGGCUCAGCUAGGAUGCAUUCCUAUUCAAGACUUUACUUUGACACAAGAUACUGGCAGAAUAUUUAGAAGUGGCGUAAGAGUUACUAGAUGGUUGUCUGAUUUUCUGGCAUCAUGUAAGAACAACUUUUCUGCUUUAUUAAACUCUCUGAUUUUAGCAAAGUGUUUCAGGUGCAAACUUUGGGAAAAUUCACUUCAUGUGUCUAAACAAUUGGAAAAAAUUGGUGUAUCCCUGUCAAAUGCUAUGGUAAAUGCUGGGCUGACAUCAUUUAAAAAAAUAGAAGGCACAAAUGCAAGGGAGCUUGAAUUGAUUUUAAACAGACAUCCUCCUUUUGGAAACCAGAUAAAAGAAUCUGUUUUGCACCUUCCAAAAUAUGAACUUGCCAUUGAACAGCUUCCAAAAUACAGUGAUACAUUGGCUGAAAUCUUAGUAGCCAUCAAAUUAACAAACUAUGACCAGCUACAGACAAAGAGGACAGCGACAGACUUUCACUAUGUUACAUUGGUCAUAGGAGAUGCUGACAACCAAGUCAUUUUUAAUCAGAAAAUUAUGGAUUCUGUGCUGCUGAAAACUGGAAAUUGGACGAAGAAAAUUGAAGUGAAAAGAGCUCUUAAAUCAGAGGACAUUAGUAUAAAUUUAAUUAGUUCUGAUUAUGUUGGCCUUGAUAUACAGCAAGCAUAUACAGCCUUUUACUUAACACCGAAAACAGUGGGAAGUAAAGCGGUUACAAAUCAAAAACUGAAAGCUGAGUCUUCACUUGAUAUGUAUUACGGCUCACCACGAAGUCUGCCAGCAGCAAAAGUAGAUACAGGAGGCAGAUCUAAACAAGAGAUUACCUACAAGAAAUAUGGAAACAGAGAAUGCAACCAUCGCUGUAAAAAUAAAGAUGUGUGUGGACAUGACUGCUGUAAAACUGGAGUACCUCCAAAUUCUGAGAUGAACGGAGAUUCAAAGUUUUCUUUGUACCUAGCUGAUUUAAGGAGCAGGAACUCAAUUUCAUCUGUACCCCCAGUAAAACGGUUAAAGAUGCAGAUGUUAAAUCAAGCUCAGAAUGUGGAUCUCAAACAAUCUGUUUUUACACCUGAAUCUUUGUUGCCGGCAUUGCCAAGGCCUAGCAAUAAACAGUCGUCUUCAUCACCUUCAGUGGACCAGGUAGAUAAUAUUAAUAGCUUAGGAGGAUCUCAGAGACAACUACAAUCCUGGAAUUAUGGAAAGAGUAAUGCUUUGGAUGUGGACUUUGAACUGAGAGAUGAUGUUUGGGAUGAUAUUGAUGAUGAGAAAUUAGUACUUGCUAGCAACUUUGCUAGUAGAGAAUUGGAACAUGGAAAUAUCUGCCUUCAAAUUCCAGAUGAGUGUGAACCACUUUGCCACUAUACAAGAAGCAAAGCCACAAACGACAUUUCGAAAGAUUCAUGCACAUUACAAGAUGAGACCAACAUUCAGAACUCAUUUGCUUCUGUGGUUAAUAGCACAUCAAAAGUUAAUUUAUCUGUACCGAGUGGAAAUAUAAAUACAUUCAGUUUUCAAGAAAAAAAGCAUUCAAAUCCUUCACAAGAGCUGAAAAACAUACAGUGCUCUUCGAUCUCAAAAAUAAUCUCAGACUCUUCUAAAUUCACUAGGAAAGAGGAUUUUUUUAUUUUCACAAAAGAACAGGAAAAAGAAGUGGAUCCCAGAUAUCUUCUUGAUGAUGAAAUCAAUGAUGUCAAGCCCUUUCUUGGAAUAUUUGAUGGCAUUUUGUAA